CACAGCUCCACUAUCACUUCCGGUGCAGAGGUGACCGCGCAAGUUAAACGUUAGCGAAGAUAGACUCAGUGCUUUUUGACCAAUACCAAGUGACUUAUAAGUACUUUGUACUAAUGUUAUAUCCGUCAUUUCUCUACCGUUUGGUUAAGUUCCAUACAAGGGUCCACCCUUCGCUUUUAAACUUAGCAGUUUUAUUUUCUUGUGGACUAACGUUAGCUUAAUUAGCUAACGAAGUAACCGUUGGUGUUGCCAGCGGUAACCUAGCAGCCGAAGCAUCACAUCAUGGAAACUUCAGGAUGGCUGUUGACUGUCAUUUUAACACACCUGUAUAUUUAACGUAUAUUAAUAGGCGAUGUUAAAUAACAACAUACAUUAGGUUCAAACGUUUAACUUUUUAAAACAAAUCGAUUAGCUAGCUAAUUCACCAACACGAGUGGAGUUGUUUGGUGUAGUUUGUGAAUUAACGUACCUAAAAAUCCUCACAAAUAUAGUUAGCUGUUAACUAAACUAAGUGUAAUGCAGCGUUUAUAAGAAAGGCUAAUUUCGAGGAGCAGAGCAAUGUUCAGCCAUAUCUUUCUAACUCCAGUGAGCUAGCUAACCAGCUAACACUCACAGUGUGUAGCUAACAGUUAGUUUAGCUAUGGCCAAGAUGCCUGCUGCUCUGCAGUGGGAUAAAGUGACGAGCAUUGACCCAGAGAGCCUCCUUGAAUGUGAAAAAGACCAAGUGGACGAGGUCUUCGACAUGCUCGUUUUGACGGAAGAAUGGGAGGUGAAGGAUAAAGCUCCAAAGAACAUCAUUCAAGUCCUAAGAGUGUUGCAGACCCUAUUGAAGAUUAAGGAUCGGGAAGCUACUAUUGCCUCCAACUUUGUCGAGGACAUUGGUGUAAAGCAUGCUAAAACCGAAAAGGAACUCCUCGCCAAGGUGUCGAGGCUGGAACGAGAGCAGAAGCACUCCGGCACAGGGCCAGACACCCGCUUUCUGAGAGAUGAGAUUCGGCAGCUCGAGACCCAGCUGGAGCAGAGGGAGAAAGAGUUGACCCACUUAAAUAAAGAAAUGGGCAAGGAAAAGAAAAGCAACGAGGAGUUGGUUGUGCGAGCGGAGGAGGCUGAGGACGAGGCCAAGAAGCUGAAGAGAGAAAUAAAAAAGCUUAAGAAGAAGAACGAGCAGCUCCAGCAGGAUGUGGACUUCUAUCGCGGAGAGCUGGACAAGAACGAGCCGGUCCUGUCUAGAGAUGAGAACGCUGAGACCCAGAGGAAACUCAACUUGGCCAACCGACAGCUCUAUCAGUGCUUGGAAGACCUUCAGCGAGCGGAGGACGACAACGUUCACCUGAACACACAGAACGAGCAGAUGCAGAAAAGUCUGGAGGAGUCUGUGAGGGAGAUGGAGAAGAUGACCGACGAGUACAACAAGAUGAAGAUUGUUGUGCAGCAGACUGAUUCCAUUAUGGAUCAGCUCAGGAAAGAGAGGGAUCAUGCAAAGCUGCAGGUCAGAGAGUUGACGGAUAAGAUCCAUAGCAUGACUGAGGAGGAUGACCCAAUUAUGGCAGCAGUCAACGCCAAAGUGGAGGAGUGGAAGAGAGUGCUCUCUGGGAAGGACGAUGAUAUUUUGGUGUACCAGCAGAUGAUCCGUGAUCUGAGGGAGAAGCUGCGGUCAGCCCAGCUGGACUUGGACAAAAGCAACAUUAUUGCCCUGCAGCAGGCCGUCCAAGAGAGAGAUAAUCAGAUCAAGAUACUGGGCGAGCAGGUGGAGCAGUACACGAGGGAAAUGGAGAAGCACACGCUGCUCAUCGAGGAGCUGAAGACGUCCACAAGGAAAGACAGAGUGAAGGAAAUAAUUCCUUUCCUUGUCCCAGUUCUUCCAUCGGCCAUACAGCAGAGAACAAUGGAGGAGCUGAAGCUGAAGCUGGAAGCUGCGGACACGAGAGCAGUGGAAGCAGCGCGGGCUGUGAAGCUCGCAGAAGCUCACGCAGAAGACAAAGACAAAGCACUCAUUGAGGCUUCAAACCGCUUGAGCCAGUACGAGUCUGGCACUUAUGGCCUGGAAACAGCCAUUGCAGAGAUCAAAGAGUGUAACAAUCAGAUUAGAGUGAGAGAUCUUGAGGCCGAGGCCAUGACCAAAGACAUCAACCAGCUUGAGAUGAGAAUCAAUGACCUCAUGGAUGAAAACGAGGAUCUCCGAGAAAAACUAGGUCUGGAACCAAAGCAGGAAGUGGAUCUGACAGAGUUCAGGAGAGCCAAAGAUCUCAGACAACGGCAAUACAGAGCAGAAAACCAAGUCCUCACCAAAGAGAUUGAACGGCUUGAAGAAGAGAGACUGGAGCUAAAGAAACAAAUCCGACGCAUUGUGAAGGAGAGAGGGAUCCCACAGUCCAGCCUGCUGCUGCUGGAGGACGACGCGCGGGCCGGCAGAAGUGUACAAAGCAGCAGAUACACAGACGAGGAGAUCCGACGCAGAAUUGAGUACCUAGAGGAAGAGCUGAGCCGUAAGGAGCGGGAGCUGGAAUUCCAGAAGACCCAGUUUCACAUCAGAUUGGAUGAACUGUCAAAAGUGAAAAGAGACCUGGAGGAUGCGCUGAGAGAUGUCCUCCGAGCGAUGAGGAGUAACGAAGAGGCCGCUCCGUCUGAUGCUGCCAUCGACAUCUGCAGUCUGGAGAGGUUGGCUAAUGCUGUUGACGUCAGCAACACGAGCCAGCCGGCAACAGCCACGCACCUCAAGUCCCAAAUACAUCAGCUGCUGGGGAGAAAUGAGGAACUACGGCAGGAGUUGAAGUCGGCCCGGGAGGAAGCAACCAGCCGUUUCAGUCAGCUCGCAGGAGCCAAAGAAAAGGUUAUCCAAUUGGAAGGUGAAGUGGAGCUGUUAAGGAGGUCAGGCAGCAGCGGGGUUGUCCUCCGACCUCUGACCCUCCCAGAGGGCCUGGGCCUCAGCAGCACUGAGGUCAUCAGUUCUCUUAAUGAGUACGCCGUUCGACUUCUUCAGGAGCUCAAAAACAAGGAGGAAAAAGGGAAGAAAGUGUCGGGAACACUGCAGGAAUACAAAGAGAGGUUUUCUGUCAUCAGCCACCAACAGGGACUCCUCUAUAAAGAAUACCUCAGUGAGAAGACGGAGUGGCAAAAGGAGAGAGAGAAGAUGACAGAGAUGAAGAACAAGCUGGACGAGCAAAAGCAGGUGGACGCUAUCAAAGUCCAGGAAUUCAAUGAGCUGCUGGACACCCUUCAGAAGGACCCAGAAGAAAUCAGGAGACAGUUGAGCGAAGCGUUGCGCAAGUUGACGGUGCUGAAGGUCAACGAGAAGAAACUGACGCGGCGCUACACCACCCUGCUGGAGCAGGAACAGCAUCUCUGCAAGGACAACGGCAGGCUGAGGGACGACAGCAGCCACAUGCAGGCCUCUGUCACCCAGAGAAUAGGCUACCUGCAGAGAUACAAGGAAAUGUCUGCAUAUAAGAUAGCAGCUUUGCAGAAGGCCUUGGAUGACAGUGUGCCCUCAUCACACCUGGAGAAGGCUAACAAACAGUACACAGAGCUGACAGUCAGAUACAGAGACAUGCUGCAGAGGGACAGCCGCCUCAUACAGAGAACCACCAACCUCCAAAACUUGGAGAGUGAGAACGAAUCUUUUCGGGAGCAAAUCUCAGCCAUGAAUAAAGAACUGGAGAUCACAAAGGAGAAACUGAAUACUUUAGAGCAAGCAUGGGACAACACUGAUGCAAUUGGUGGUGAAAAUAGUUUGGACAAGGCGGACAAGGCGUUGGCCAACAAAGAGAUUGUAUCUGCCGCCAGACGCAUCACCACUCUGGAGAUGAAAGAGCUGAACGAGAGGCAGAGGGCAGAACAUGCCCACAAAAUGUACGAACACAUAAAAAGCUCCCUCAAGCAAGUGGAAGAACGUAACUUAGAACUGGAGUCCAAGUUUGCAGAGUUGACCAAGAUGAAUGUGGAGGCCCAGAGGGUGGAGCGCGAGCUGAGGGAUGAGCUUGCAAACAGCAUCAGCAAAGCUGUGAGCGACGCUGACAGAGCCAGGAUCUCAGCGUUGGAGAAGGCAGAGGCUGAGCUUGGCGUUGAGGUUUCGAAGCUUCAAGAGGUGUCAGAUGUGGCCAUGAUGCAGGCAUCUGCUCUACAGGCCCGACAACAGUCCAAAGAGAAGGAAGUGGAAACUCUGAGGAGACACAUACUGGACUACCAGUCGCAGUCGGAUGAGAAGGCCCUAAUUGCGAAGCUCCACCAGCACAUCGUGGCUCUGCAGCUGAGCGAAUCAGCUGCUUGGGCCAAGCUGGAGGCUUCCACAUCUCACAUCCAACAGCUGGAGGCCAACAAGCUGCGUGCCGAACAGAGGCUGGAUGCCAGUGGGCACACUUUGUUCCUUGCCCGCCAGGAGGGCAGAAAUCGCUCCAAGCACCUACGUCAGACCAUCCAGUCUCUGCAUAGGCAAUUUGCUGGAGCAUUACCUCUUCCCCAGCAGGAGAAGUUCUCUGUGGUCAUGGUUGGCCUUCAGGAGGACAGAGGAACAGCUCAGGAGGAGAAGAAGAAGGCAGAGGAGGAGAGGAGGAGGGCCGAAGGCAGGACGCAAGAACUGGAACUGAGACUUCGAGGCCUGGAGGAGCUCAUCUCAACGCUGAAGGAUGUGAAAGGAGCCCAGAAGGUAACCGAGUGGCACAAGAAGAUGGAAGAAGCUCGUCUGCAGGAGCUGAGGAAAGGCAGGGAGCUGGUGGUCCAGAAGGAGGAGAUCAGGUACCUGAAGAACCUGGUGGAGGAGCAGGAGCGAAACAUCCGCUCGCUGGAAGAGGAUGUUGUUCAGCAAAGCACGCUUCAAGAAGAACACCAGCUUGCAUAUGAUCAGCGAGAGGUGGAGCUGGAGCGCCAACUGGACCAGUAUGAGAAGCACCAGAAUGAGAUUCUAAGCAGUUCAGAAAAGUAUGAGAAUGGUGCAGCAUCUCUACCAGACCAGAGUCUACCGCUCGCUCAUCAGUUAGAGUUUGCCUUGGGUAAAAUCAGAGAGCAUGUCCGGACCAUCUGGGACACACAGGCCACCUGCAAAAGUUUGGACGAGAAGUUGAAAGAGAAAGAAGCAACUCUGUGGAAAGCCGAACAGAACAUCGUGUCCAGGGACAAAGUGAUCAACGAGCUGCGUCUCCGGCUCCCAGCUGCUGCUAAUAGAGAACGUUUACUCGCUGACCUUGCCAAGCACGAAGAGAGCCAGUCAGACAGUCGGCCUGCCGCCAAGCUGGCUCACCAGACCAUCAAAGACCUCCAGGGUCGACUUGACAAGAAAGAGGAGGUUCUGAAGAAAUACCAGAAGCAGUUGUCUCAAGCCAGACAGGAUCAGGAGGAGACGAUAAAGAGACAUCAGGAGGAGCUGAGGAUGUUGCAUCAGAAGUUGGACGUGCACACAGAAACCUCCCUGGACCGCUUCAAACAGACGGCGAUGGAGCUGAUGAAGAAGCCCACCAUCAGGGUGCCAACCACCAAGCAUCUGGAGCAUCUGGCUGAGUUGGAGCAGACGGUGGCUGAACAGGACGACUCGCUCUCCUCCGUCACAGAGAAGCUGAAGCUGGCCACCUCGGAGCUGGAGCGACAGAGGAUCGCCAUGGAAACAGUGGCUAAGAAACACGCAGACGAGACGUCAAAGCAGGAGGAGUAUCAUGCUGUCCAGCUGAAAACUCUGGCUGCCAAGAGUGAGGACCAUACGAAGCAGAUGUCCCAGGUGGAGAAGGAGAUGAACUCCGUCCAGUCUGAGCUGGCAGCCCAGAAGGAGGCCAACGUCCGCUCCCCCAGCAACACCAUGAAGAACCUGGUGGAGCGACUGAAAGCGCAGCUCAGCCAGAAAGAGAAGCAGCUCAAGGCUCUCAGUAAGGCUCUGUUGGAGCUGCGGGCAGAGAUGACGUCCGCAGCAGAGCACCAAGUCAUCGCCAGCGCUGCACAGAAAGAGGAAAGUCUCAAUGUACAGAUGUUGGUGGACAGACACACCAAAGAGCUAAAGGUGCGGGUGCAAGAACUUAAUGAAGAGCUUCAUUCCGCAAAGGAGUUUGCCAGAGCAGCCAGAGGCCGGGAGAUCACCCUGAGAGAGGAAGCGGAUGUCCUGAACCAGGAUCUGCAGAGGAGUCUGAAAACCCAGAGACGCCUGCAGGCUGAAAAGGAGGACCAAGAGCAUGAAAUCCAGGAGCUCAAGCAGCAAGCCAAGAGGUUCAGCAGUGCCCUCCAGAGUCAACCAGAACCCGAUGGGACGGAUGAGAACCUGCAGAAGAAGAUCCGGAGGCUUGAGACUGACUUGGAGAAAAGAGCAGACACGAAAGACACGAAGGGCGAAGUUGUGCGUUGGGAGGAGAGCAAGAAAUGGCAGGCCAAGAUGGAGAGGGUGAAGAAUGUGUUGAAGGAUAAGGAGCGAGAGAACGAAUCUCUGCUCAAACAAGUCGGCACCCUGAAGGACCUCUACGCCAGACUGGAGCAAGAGAAGAGCGCUCUGCAGAAGAAGCUGAAGGGACGAGGCGUGACGGCGGAUCAGGUGGUGGGAGUGCGAUCCACCCAGCUGGAGAAGGAGAUGGAGGAGCUGAAGAAGAGGAACUCUGAGCUGGAGACGCACAUCGUCACCAUAAAACAGCACCAGGCUUUACCUCGUGAUGACGCCGUGGAGAAUCUGACCCUGAGGAACCGCUUUCUGGAAGAGAAGCUCCUCUCUGUGGAGAGCCAGGUCUUCAAAGAGCCUCCGUCAAGACCCUCCGAACAAAGCUCCUCCUCCAGGGAUUUGAGAGGGAUAUGUUUUGUCACUGUUGAUGGUCGUCCUGCUGAGUCACACCGCCGCUCUGUUGGCCCUCAAGCUGCUGAAGACCCUGUUGACCAGCAGAGGGAGCCAAAGGGAAGCCAGCCAGCUGGGGGAACCCAGGAGGAUGUUUGCACUGGACAAGAGCGACUGAGUCCUGAUGUUGCAGAAGAAGAAGAUGUUGACACCACUGAUGUUAAAGAAGAUGAGACAGAACUUUUAGAAAUCACACAAGACAUCCCAGUUGGUUCUGAACUCGAUGCAUUUGAAGAAAAGGAAGAAGCACAGACCACAAGAGAAAGUGAGCCGGCAGAGACACCGGGUGUCGCGGCACCGACCGGCGCUGAAAGGGUGCAAAACGAGGGCGAUGGGGAUGCAGAUGAUGGAGAUGCAGAUGAUAAUGAUGAUGAGGUGGGAAUUGUAAAUUCAGAGGAGGCUGAUGAAGCGGUUGUGACUAUAAAGCCGGCAACCGAGGAAGAUAAUCCAGAACAGUCCUGCUCAGCAGAACCAGAUGUGGACUCCAGCGAACACCUGGAGAGGUUUAUCAUUAAAGAAAGGCAGGAUCGUGUACGGAAAGGAGACAGCAGAGCUCUUAGAUAUCUCAAGACUUCAGGACGAGGGACCGGCACUCCCUCUCAGAGGGAUCCGGACCUCCAAAAAGAAAACCUCAAGCUGGCCUCUGAGAACCUGGAGCUGCGCUUCCAGCUGGAGCAGAACAGCAAAGACUUACCGAGACUCAAGAAUCAGGUUGCGGACCUGAAGGAGAUGUGCGGCGCGCUGAAAAAAGAAAAGUCAGAGAUGGAGAAGAAGCUGACGCAUAUCCGUGGAGCCGGUCACAGCGGUAAAACUGCACCUGAACUGGAGAAGACCAUUGGACUGAUGAAGAAGGUGGUGGAGAGGGUGCAGAGGGAGAAUGAGACUCUAAAGAAAUCCAGCGCGUCUUCACAUCGACACAAAGCCGACGCCUUGGAGCAAGAAAAUGAAAAACUGAAGGCUGACUUUGAGAAACUGAAGAGUCAAAGUGAAGCUGAGCUGAGGUCCAAACUUGAAUCUAAAACCAGAGGACUGGAGAGAAUCGUGAUGGAGAAUGAGCGUCUACGCAAAGAGAUCAAAAGGGAAAUGGAGUCUGUGGAGCGGCUGAGAGUGAGCAAGGCGAGUCUGGAAGUGAGCGGCGAGAAGCUCGAGGCCGAGCUGGAAGAAACCAAACAAAGACUGCGAGCAGCUCUGUCCAAAGCCAUCGCAGAGGGAGCCGACGGCAAGACCUCCAGGGCGUCUGUGGUCACGAGAAUGUUUGAGAACAAGAUGAAGGAGCUGGAAAAGGAUCUUUCCCAGAAGACCUCCACCCUUUCUGACCUCAAGCAGCAGCUGAAGGAGGCGAAGGAGCGCCAGGAGAGAGCUCAGAGCAGCAACCGGCAGCUUGAAGAUCAGGUUGACAUGUUGAAAAGAUUCCCUGCCGCUGCAAAGACCGGAGCAGGACUCGCCAAGGAGUUCCAGGCCGUGAGAUCGGUCAACACAGAACUGAAACAAAGGCUGAACGAGUGCAGUGACGGCGAGACAUCUUCAAAACAAGAGCCCGUGAAGCUCCAACACCUUCUACGAGCAGCACAAACGGAGAAAGCACUUCUUCAAGCGGAGGUUGGAAAGCUGAAGAAAGAACUGGAGAACUUUGACCCGACGUUUUUUGAAGAGAUUGAAGACUUAAAAUAUAACUACAACGUGGAGGUGAAGAAGAACAUUGUGCUGGAGGAACAGCUGAGGAAGGUGUGCGAGCGCUUCGGUGUCGAGCUGCCCAGCGCGUCCGUCAGUUAACGCCGGGUUACUGUGCCUUUAAGGACGGUCAAAACGACACUAAUAGAUCUCCAGAGCAUCAACUCAACAGUCUCAUCCGUGGACAUUCAACAACCAUAAUAUUAAUAUCCAACAUUGAAUAUAUAUUUUAUAAUACAAAACCAAUAUUAAGAAAGCAUCACCUGUCCUACAACAAAGAACGCUUCAUUUAUUAUAAACGUUUUAUUCAUAUUAGCCCAUAUCUCCCAUGUACAGGCUACAAACACUUAACUUCCAUUAAUCUUCCUAAUUCCAACAUUAACAUUGUGCAUCCCCACUGAUCACAUAUUUUGGCGCUAGUGUGGGAAAAGUCCAAAUUGAUGUCCCGCCCUAAAGAUCUUAAACAUCUGGAUUUAGUGGCAGCGUGCUCGCAAUCAUGAGACAAAUCCUGAAAGUUCCUCCAGUGAAGUCGCUCCUGAUUGUUUGCUAAUGGCGGCUGUUUGUUUGGUGAUGUUGCGCACUAUGUAGCAGAUUUCUUUCUUUGUACAUUUGUACAGUUCUGGCAUAUUUGUCAAUAAAGCAGAUUUUAUACGAA